AUGUGCAGAGUGAGCAAUCAAUCGAUGGAUGGGAAGACAGAGAAACGAAUCAUGAAGCUGAGAAAUGAAUUGGAUAAGGUAUACAAGAGCGUAGAUGAUUUUUUCGAGAAAUGUACUGGCAAAGUUGCUAAAUCUGAUGAUUCAUGCCAGAAAAGAGGCUUUGCAAGGCAUAAUUCAAAAAGCUUUGGGCCCAAGGCAGGUUCGGGCACACAACCAGCCAGUGAAGUACAAUCAGUGAUCGAUCACAGCAAUGAUUUGGCACAGAUAUCAAUUCCAAAUCCUGACUCAUCAACCGCAGGGAAUGCACCAGAUUCUUAA